CGCCUGACGGCCGCCGCGGCUGCAAAAGGCAUUUCGGGCUCGCUUCUUUUUUUACAGCAGCCGCAAGUGAGGUCAAACUACAGUAACGUUGUGAACCUGCUGUGUGAUAACUGGGCCGUUCUGCCUGGGCCAAUGCUAGAUCUGGAAGUCGUUCCCGAGCGAUCUCUUGGGAAUGAACAAUGGGAAUUCACCUUGGGAAUGCCAUUGGCUCAGGCUGUAGCAAUUCUUCAGAAACACUGUCGUAUCAUCAAAAAUGUCCAGGUUCUCUACAGUGAGCAGUCUCCUCUUAGCCAUGACCUCAUCCUUAACUUGACUCAGGACGGAAUCAAACUUCUGUUUGAUGCUUUCAAUCAAAGACUUAAGGUGAUUGAAGUUUAUGACUUGACUAAAGUGAAGUUAAAAUAUUGUGGUGUUCAUUUUAACUCUCAGGCUAUUGCUCCAACCAUAGAACAAAUUGAUCAGUCUUUCGGAGCAACACAUCCAGGAGUGUACAACUCUGCUGAGCAACUUUUCCACCUCAACUUCAGAGGACUGUCUUUUUCCUUUCAAUUGGACUCAUGGACUGAAACUCCAAAGUAUGAGCCAAACUUUGCCCAUGGUUUAGCUUCUCUGCAGAUUCCCCAUGGUGCAACUGUGAAACGCAUGUACAUCUAUAGUGGAAACAGUCUGCAAGAUACCAAGGCUCCUAUGAUGCCUCUCAGCUGUUUCCUUGGAAAUGUGUAUGCAGAGAACAUUGAUGUUCUGAGAGAUGGAUCUGGACCCUCAGGUUUACGGCUUCGCUUACUCACUGCAGGUUGUGGCCUUGGCGUAUUAGCGGAUGCCAAGAUGCGGGUAUUUGAGCGCUGCGUGUAUUUUGGUGAUUCGUGCCAAGACGUUCUGAGCACUUUGGGGUCGCCUCACAAAGUUUUCUACAAGUCAGAAGACAAGAUGAAAAUUCAUUCGCCCUCCCCUCACAAGCAGGUUCCAUCAAAGUGCAAUGACUACUUCUUCAACUACUUCACGCUGGGAGUGGACAUCCUUUUUGAUGCAAAUACUCACAAAGUGAAGAAAUUUGUUUUGCACACUAACUACCCCGGUCAUUACAACUUCAACAUUUACCACCGUUGUGAAUUCAAGAUUCCGCUAGCUAUUAAACGAGAGAGUGCCGAUUCACAGACAGAAACCUGCACAACCUACAGCAAGUGGGACAACAUUCAGGACCUUCUUGGGCAUCCAGUAGAGAAGCCGGUAGUACUUCACAGGUCGUCCUCUCCGAACAACACAAACCCUUUUGGAUCAACGUUUUGUUUUGGACUGCAGCGGAUGAUCUUUGAGGUGAUGCAGAAUAACCACAUAGCAUCUGUUACUCUGUAUGGCCCAGCAAGGCCAAGCAGCCAGUUGAAAACGUUGGAUCUUCCCCAGUGAGCAAUAUCAGCCGAACGAAAUGCUACAAAAUUAGUACAGCGUGCCUUGAUUUGCUGCCACUUGUAAUAUGGAAAAGCACGGUAUGAUGGGAUUCUUGUGUGUGCGUGUGUUCAAAAAAACCUGUCCCUUGCCACCUGUGCAUGAGGCAGGAUGAAACAAAAAUCCUCUUGACUGUUCGUCACAGGGCAUGGAACUAGUGGUGGAGGUGAGCAGUUAGGUGCCUGCUGCCCUUGGUUUUCCUCUUCUGGGCUGCCCUCCUCCUUUACAGUGUGGGUAUAUACAGACUGGUCUCUUUCCUGAGCUGGAAGAAGGAUGCGCUCAAGAAGAGAGAGAGCACAUAAAUGACUGCACGACUUAGAAGCACAAACUUUUUGAGCCUUGGAGCAUCUGGAAAUAGGUAUUGGAUAUAUAUAUAUAAAUAUAUAUAUAUAUUUUCCAGUCUGUGUUUAUGUUAACUGUAUUGAUAAUGGUGGUCAUGUUUUUUUAAAAGACAGCGGUGUAGGUGUGGGUGGGUGUGUAUAUAUAUAUAUAAUACACACACACACACACAGAACUUAUAUAUAGGUGUAUAUAUAAAGUAAAGUACAUGAGUAUUUCUGUGGCUUAGGACAUCCGUACCAAAUGUGACAAGUAUGUAUAUACAUGUCCAUGAUUUCAGGCACCACAUGUUUGUCUAACGUUGAAACAAGCGCAAAAGCAGCAUGUGCAUAAGACUUGGUUGUAACAUUUUUGCACUACAUACACUUUAAUUACUUGACAAGACAUUUUAAUCUUCUCUGAGGAGCAUCUGUGUACUGGGUGUGAGUGGGGGUGCGAUGGUUUAUUUAAGGGUUUGCCCUGCAUAAAGCUUAUUUAUACAGUGGGGAAGAAUCCCCUCCCCUCUUUUCUGCACUAAUAUUUACUUGACUUGCUGAAACAACUUACUUUCUGCCAUGCCUGGUUAACUGACUUGUUUUUUUAAAUAGUUUCCAGAAGGGAAGGGAAAAAAAGUCAAAUGGAUUCUUCUUACGAAUUACGUUUUUCUUAAGGGUUUUGCUACCAUUUUUCUUUACCCUUAAAACAGGGGGGAAUUAUUCAGUCCUGUUAAGAGUAAACGCAGUUGUCUUGUCUUGCAACUGUAUGAAAUGUAUCAGAUUAGAAUUUCUUACUGUCCUGUAGAGAAGCGUAGUUGGAGAACUGGGGUGCAGCCACUGGGAACCACUUCCACCUAAGUUGCAUUGAAUUGAAGCGGACGUUGCACGGCCUUAAUGCAAGAGAGGUCUCCCUGGAGGCCUCUAUGGAACACGGGCUUGGCGGUUUGCGUUCUGGAUUGUGAUAUAUGUAGCACAUUGGAGCGGGAGAGAAAUUACCUCUUCCCUCACUCAUGUCUCUCUGUCUCUCUCUCUCUCUCUUUUAAUUUAAUGCCAAAUUGUUAGCCAAAGAGAUCCUUAAUCUAGUUUCAACAUUUCUGUACAUAUAUAACGACACUGCACACCCAGCUCUUCCACCCCCAGCAGACAUGAUUUCAGCUGCUUCAAAUUAAAGGGAUGCUGCUUAUCGGUCAUUAUCCCAAGCAGAAGCUAACUGGAGUGUGCAGCUCUCUUUCCAGUCUUAUUGUGGGGAAGGUAGAUUGUCUGUCUGUCUCAGUCACCUUUGAACUAUUAACCCUUUUUAAAACAAUGGAGAGGAGAGAAAAAAGAGAAAUGUAUACUUUUUCCCAUUUUUAAUAUUUUGGUGUAGCAACUUGUGAUAUAUAUAUCAGAGAUGAUUUUUUGUGAGUUUUGCAAAUGUGUGUACAGAUUUUGUAAAUACAAAAACCUUUUUGUAAUUUCAACUCCAUGUACAGUGUAAUCUUGUAUAGUUUAUCAAUGAAUGAGGGAUAGGAAAUUUUAGAACGUUAGCGAAGAGUUUCGGAUCUUGGACCAGUAGCAGGGAUAAAUGUGAUGAGUGGGGUGGGUGUGUUGCGUAUAUAUGUGAGUAUGUGUGACCUCCUUUUUGCCAUUUAGUCUUCCUGUAUACUGUGACAUUCUAUCCUGUUUUACUUAAGAAGAAAUAAAGGAAGCCCCACUGAAAAUUUAACGGAUAAUGAGGGGAAAACGUUUUAUGGUUUACCUGUAUUCCUAGAUGUUACUCCUUUUCUUCAUAAUGUGCUGUUUUCCCUAUGAUCAUUGCUUGCUGAGAAAAUUCCCCGAUUCUCUUUUUCUUUCUAAUAUGGAUUCUGUUUUUCAUAACCCUCCUGUAAAUUAUACAAAAUACCUAAUUAGCAUGUACAUUGAAAGGACAAAUAAAACAAGACUCAGUUACUGUGUUGUAAAAAAAUACAGUUGCUGGGUGUGUGUAUUUUGCAAUUAA